AUGCCAGUUUUAUUCUCUUCCUCCUCCUCCUCCUCCCCCUCCAAUGUGCACCGGCAUGCACGGAGCUACCACCACCUGGAAGGGGAUGUGCGCUGGCGGCGUCUCUACUCCUCCAAUCAGUUCUUCCUUCGCAUUGGCGGUGAUGGGAAAGUCGAAGGGACACGUCGGAAAGAGGGCCUGAACAGCAUUGUGGAGAUCCGUUCUGUACAGGUGGGAACCGUGGCCAUCCGAUCCAUCCACAAUGGGUUUUACUUGGCAAUGAACCGCAAAGGGAAAGUCUAUGGAACGAAAGCAUACAGCCCCAACUGCAAGUUCAAGGAACGUAUUGAAGAGAACGGCUACAAUACCUAUGCCUCUUUCCAUUGGCACCACGAAGGGCGACCCAUGUUCCUCUCCCUCAACAGCAAAGGGUUGCCACGACGAGGGAUAAGGACCCGCUGGCAACAUCUCUCCACCCAUUUCCUGCCAAUGCUCGUCUCAUGAAGGAGGAACACGCUGGACUACUUGAUCAACCAUGCACUAAUUUCUUUUUCUUUUUACGACCCUGUAGUCCCUUAAUUCAGGGUAGAUUCCGAGAGA